AUGGUCUUCCUCUUGAAGAUGUUGAAGGACGGUAGUUUCCCCCAUCGGCAGUACAGGGAAUCUAAUACAUGUACCUCUUCCCCCUCGAGAUCUUUUGGGGAUUCUGAGGAAGAAUGGAUUAGACUUGCAGAAGAAUCUUUUGAAUCGGUCUUCGAGUCCGGCAAUUCUCCUGAUGACCACCACAUAUCGGAAGAGUUUUUAACUGGUUUGAAGAGAAAAUUCAGCGAGGCGGAAGACUCACUUAUUCUGACAAAGAGGAAAGGAAACUUUACUAAAUAUAAAGCACUGGAACGUAGAAAAUUGGGAAAUGGCCCCAUUUCGCCGAUACAUGUAAGCAUUGCAUCAAGCCCUGAAUCGACUUCCAAUCCCGCAUCACCAAUCAACAUAUCGACAUCUUCUUUUCAAUUUCCUCCUACACCACAGGAAUUUAAUUCGGUAUUCAACCUUCCCGCUCCUGACCAUAUCUUAAAACCCAAUGCAAAUACAACAGUACCACCACCAGUAGUCCUACCUGGAACCUCUUCUUACAAUCAAACUUUAGGGGUGUAUCAUUUGAAUUAA